UACAAUUUCAAAAGAACACAGGUAAGGUAUAUUAACGACUAAAAGACAAAAUAAGAAAGAACACAGAGGAAGGAUAGAAGAUUUUUUCUGACCUUGCAUACAGUUCAUCAGUAUAUUAGAAUUAAGUAUGGCCAGUCGCAUCAAAACAGACACUGGAAAGAAGUAUGGGCUGCUGUCAGGACAAAAACCUGUGUCAUUAACAGAAUCAAAGACUCAUGUGACAAUUCAAGGAUUCAUUGCCAAUGUUGAAUCUAAAUUGACAUAUGUUAACAACAGCAAAGAAUCUAUAGAGACCCGUUAUGUAUUCCCUAUUGAUGACAUGUCAGCUGUGUAUAAGUUUGAAGCAGAUAUUAAUGGCAGACACAUUGUAGCAGAAUGUCAGGAAAAGCAACAGGCUAAGAUAACCUUUGAAGAAGCUACAUCUACUGGUCAAGCUGCGUUCUUCCUAUCGGAGAGUAAAUAUGCUGGAGAUAUUUUUGUGUGUAAGCUUGGUAACUUGGAUGCAGGGGAAACUGCUGUAUUGACCAUGGCAUAUGUUGUAGAGUUAACUGUUCAACCAAAUGGGAAUCUGAAUUUUGUCUUGUCAUAUGUUUUGAAUACUAGAUAUUCAUCAGCUGGAGAUGCAGGAGAUACACGGAACUCAAUAAAACCUGUUAAGUUAGGAUUCACUGCAUCAGUAAAGGGUCAUCACAAGAUCAAAUCUGUUAGCACUUAUAGAGAUGAUUUACAGUUACAGAUAUCUGAUGAUAAACAUUCAGCAGAGAUAAAGUUAAAAGACAUAGUUAGUCAAUACAGAGAUUUGGAGUUUUCUGUGUCAUAUGAUGAUGUUUCUAAGCCAGAAGCAAUAUUAGAAGUUGGUGAUCGUAAUAAAGAUGGAUUAUUAAAAGAAGAUGUUUUGGUGCUGAAUUUUAUACCUGAUUUGAAGAAUCAUUGUAGAAAUGUUAAAAGGGAAUUUAUUUUUGUUAUGGACAGAUCAGGUAGUAUGGAUGGAGAUAGAAUGGAGAAAUCUAAAGCAGCUUUACUCCUUUUCUUGAAGAGUUUACCUGUUGGAUGUCUUUUCAAUAUUGUGUCAUUUGGAAGUAGUUACAGUUUCUUAUUUGACAAAAGUCAACAAUAUAAUGAGGAAAGUCUUGGUGCUGCAAAACAUCAUCAAAAUGAAAUGAUGGCCAACAUGGGUGGAACAGAUAUUCUAUCUCCAUUAUCAGCAAUCUAUAGCAUGGAGAAUAAUAAAGACUAUCCAAGACAGAUUUUCCUGUUGACAGAUGGUGAAGUUGGUAAUACUGAAGCUGUUGUAAAUUUAGUUGGACAAAAUUCUCAUAAUUCAAGAGUAUUUACAUUUGGAGUUGGCCAUGGAGCUUCUACAAGUCUGAUAAAAAAUGUAGCUAAAGCUGGUGCUGGAAGAGCAACAUUUAUCAAAGACGAAAAAGACAACAUGAAAGCCAAGGUGAUAAGAGCUUUAGAGUUUUCAAUGGAAGACAGUUUGGCAGAUAUUAUUUUGGAAUGGAAUCUUCCUAAAGGAUGCACAGCUACAAACAUCCCUUCACAACAACCUAAUGUAUUUAAUGGAGAUAGACUUUCCAUUUUUGCUCUUCUUCAGAAUACAAAUAAAGCGAAAUCUGUUGAAGGGUCAGUAACUCUGAAAGGUUUUAUUUCGGGAAAACUACUUGCUCAUACUAUGGAUAUCAAAGCAUCAUCUUAUAUACAUCCAGAUUUGCCUAUUCAUCGUGUGGCUGCGAAACACCAAAUUAAAGAACUAGAAAACGGUCCAUUAUCAGACGACACUAAAGAGAAGAUCAUCAUGAUAAGUACAGCAGCCAAAAUUAUAUCCAGAUUCACAGCCUUUGUGGGAGUUGAUGUGCAAACGAAACUACCAGUUACUAAUAAAAAGAGUCAAAUAGUUAUCCAUUAG